AUGCUUAUUUAUGUUGAUGCCACCAUUGUUACUGGUCCUAAUCUUACCCACAUUCAACGACUGAUUUCUUAUCUUAUACAAGAUUUUGCUCUCAAGGACAUGGGUGAUUUACAUUAUUUUCUUGAGGUUGAAGUUCUUCGUACUGCUGGUGUUCUUCAUCUAAGUCAGUCAAAAUAUAUUUUUGAUCUACUCAAGCGUGCUUCCAUGACAGAUUGUAAGCUCCUGCCUACCCUUGCUGAUGGUUCUCAAUACUGGUCUGUGGUUGGUGCUUCGCAGUAUUGUACUUUGACUCGUCUUGACAUUGCUUUUUCUGUCAACAAAGCCUGCCAAUACAUGCACUCUCCUACUGAGUAUCACUUGUUAGUUGUUAACCGUAUAUUACGUUAUCUUGCUGGUACUAUCACUCAUGGUCUUCUCUAUAAUUCGUCCCCUGAUUUGUCUGUUACAUGUUUUACGGAUGCUGAGUGGGCUUCAUGCCCCAAUGACCACCACAGUACUAGUGCCUUUUGUAUCUUUCUUGGUAUGAAUAUUGUCUCCUGGUCUUCUUACAAACAAAAGAUUGUUUCUCGCUCUAGUAUUGAAUCUAAUUAUCGGAUUUUGGCUAAUGGUACUGCUGAGUUGCUCUCACUAUAA